CAUACCUCCUAUCGCCAUGCCCCCUUGAAUAUCCAAUAUGCGUCUGAAAAGAUGAACAAGAAGCCAAGAUUCUUAACAAAAGUCCUCGGAGGAGGUCCGCCACCCAGCGCUGCGACUAACGAGAGCUUCGAUACCAGCAAUCUUGAAUCACCACAGCUCCGACCCAGCGCAUCGCAGAACACGGUAUAUUCUGCUGGCGCACCGAUCGCAUGCCUUGAUCGAUCCUCGAAUGGCCAACGCGCUGUCAUUGCUGGCUCGAAAGUCUUUAAAAUAUUGAGGAUUGAUGGAUCAACGAUCACCGAAGAUGUUGACCUCCGAGCUGCCAUUACCUCCUAUGCCACGACCCACGAUCAUUCUGCUGCCACAUCAGAUCAGCUCAAUAUAAGGACAGUGAAGUGGUCGCAUAGUUCGUUGGAUAGUACGAUUGUCACUGCGAGUGGAAAUGGCAGAAUCACAAUCUACGAUCUCAAUCGCGGGGGAGAGGGCUUCGAGGUCGUGCGCAUACAAGAUCACGUCCGUCAGGUCCAUAAAUUGGCCAUAUGUCCUCACAAGGAUAAUUGGCUAUUAUCAGCAAGCCAAGAUGGUACUGUGAGGUUCUUUGAUAUCAGGACGCCACAGCCAGACCGUAAUGGAACUACCUUUGGAGCCCGGCGCACAUUCAAAUGCAACGCAGAUGCUGUACGGGAUGUGAAAUGGUCGCCAUCUGAUGGAGUUGAGUUUGCGUGCUGUACGGACCAAGGUGUGGUGCAGAAGUGGGAUAUACGCAAGCCGACUGCGCCAGUAUUGAAGAUCCAAGCUCACACAAAUUCAUGUCGGUCAAUAUCGUGGCAUCCAGAUGGUGAUCAUCUUGUGAGUGGUGGUGCAGACCAGAUGUGCAAGGUAUGGGACAUGUCGAAAAAGGCCGAUAGGAACCAGAAGCCUUCAUACUCCUUCACCACGCCCGCGCCGAUAUCCAGAGUUACUUGGCGACCACCAUGCUGGUCAGCCACAGCGCAAGGAAAACGAGCUGCACAGAUCACUGUUGCGUAUGACGACUCGAACUCUGCCAAGAACCAGACAGCUUCGGUGCAUGUUUGGGACCUAGCUAGAUCUGCAAUGCCUUUCAAAGAGAUUGAACAGUGGGAUAGUGCGCCAACAGCUAUGCUCUGGAAUUCAAGGGAUCUACUCUGGAGUGUUGACAAGGAAGGCAAUUUUACUCAGACUGAUGUUGCUUUUGUGCCGAAGUUGAUUGAUCGUCGAAGCCUGUCAACUUUUGCCUUCUCUCCUAAUGGUGAUAUUCUUAUGCUAUUGGAAGAACGUCAAGCUCCACGCCGGUCGCGUCCUUCUAUUACGACUCCUGAAGUUUCCCCUGGCUUUUCGCAUCAUGGGAGCGGCCCGCUUCUCAGUGUCAGUCGAAGUGAUUCUGAAGAGGACGUUGUGGGCAGUUUUCUAGGCCCGCGGCAACGGAAAGGUCAUCGAAGACGAAAUAGUGGACGUUCAGGACACACUCUCAGUACGACCCCACCAAGCGCACCUGGCAUAGCAGACAACAAAGUCAUGUCUCUGGAUGAAGCUGUGAAGGUCACUGGUACCUACAAGCCUCAGCAGGUCAUGGCUAUAGGUCAUGCGCCAGGUGCUAUCAAGCGCAGUACGUAUCAGUAUUUCAGCAAUCGCUACUUGCUUCAGAUGUCGAAACAUUUUUCAGAUGAUGAUUCCCCAGACAUGGACGUCCGCAUAGCUUGCAUAACCGAGUCAUACGCAGAGACUGCCGAAGAUGUCGGCUACUUUAGAUUAGCUCAGACUUGGAGACUACUUGGGUUUACCAUGCAGCUCCUUCUUUCCAGACGAGCCGAAUACCACAGGCAAAGUCGCUUGGCUGUACCCGAACCAUCUAAACCUCCUUCACGCCAGGAACAGGAGAAGGAAUCAAUUCUGCCAUCGGCGACCCAGAGUGAAGUUGGGGAAGAGACUCCUCGGAAGAUACACCAUGGCGGACAUUCGAAGUUAGACAGCCCUCUAUAUCGCGGGGCUAUGUCUCUGAUAGCCGAAGAUGUCGAAAGUACAUCGAAUGUUGCCACUCCCAUAGUCCGUCCGGCCCGGGACCAUAUUCCUAUCGAGACGAGAGAUAUGCAUACGCCUAUACCAGCAGAUGAAGAUGAUCUGACACUACCAGAGGCUGCUCACCCAAAAACACCAAGUCCGAUUCCGGUUCCUGGGACUAAGCAAUCGCCAGAGCAACCUUCUUCAAGUGUCGAAGGCUAUGAUUUUUAUGGUAUGGAGUCAUUCUCACCGGCACUAGAUUUCGUCGCGCCUAAGAGAAAGCCACCCUUGCGCUUAGACUACCAUGAGCAGGAAAGUCAUCCUCCGAGGAUCCAACCCCAACGACACGACUCGGGAGAAAGUUUUCAGAUGUUCUCAACAUCUGGAGAUUCGCAAAAUAAGUUCAUGAGCUCAGAUGGAAGUGACAGUCACAGCUUUAGACGAGAAGACUCUCUGGCAUUGCGGGACAGGGUGCAUGAAUGGGAGAGUAGCCAAUCGCCACACGUGAAGCAUCGUGCCAGUAUUGAUUCCAACGCACCUACGCAUUCGGACAGUUCCCUAGGAGGUCAUACACCAGAUUCUACCGACAUUGAGAGAGCUGCAAGUAAUGGUGUGCCUUUCAACCCUUCAGCACCCCCCGUUUUCCGCAUACAAGAAGCUUCGGUACCUUCUGCCCCUGAAGCCCAGCGUCUUAGAUCUCCACCCAUAACUGGAACAGCUAGUCCCAUGUCAUUCGACAAAGCAUCCGAAACACCCUCUCAAGACCCUAACAUCAUCGCUUCCGACUUCUACCCCUGGCCAACCGACCCACCAUUCCUAAUAUCUCCAAUUGAUCCCGCCGUCCUCGUCCAACGAACCAUUGACUUCGAAGUCCAAACCUCCGCCCUCCACGCCUCAGCUAUAAUCCUCCUCUUCCGCUUCCUCCUCCCUCCCUCCGCGGUCGACGACCUCCAAGCCAGCGCCGUCCUAAGACAAUACCACCACCGCCUCACCUCAAUGAAGCUCUUCACCGAAGCAGCCACGCUCCGCAACCUCUGCGUCCCCGCGUACCCCCACGUCUUCGCCACCGCCCAAGAAGACGUCAAGAUCGGCUUCUUCUGCACAUCCUGCAACAAACCCAUUGAAAAUGACCCCAAUAUCCCAGACUCCAUGUGGCGCUGUCCUCGCUGCGGAGAGAACAUCGCUCCUUGUGCCGUGUGUCUUAGUCGGGAACUCGAUACCUCGAUUCUAUAUGAGGGGUUGGCGGAAGAGGAGUUAAAACUCCCGACUUGGUUCCUGUGUCCGGGGUGUGGACACGGUGGCCAUACGACUUGUAUGCUGGCGUGGCAUUUGGCGGAGGGAGAAGCGUUUUCCGAGGGUUGUUGUCCGUUGGAGGGGUGUUUGCAUCCUUGUCUUCCGGGCAAGUGGCGAGAUGAGAGGGCGGAGGAGAAAAGAGUCGCGAAGGAGAGGGAGAUGGAUGCGUUGAUUAAAGAGGGGCAGAGAUUGGGGAUCAAGGGUGGGAGGAGCGUGAGGAGGGAUCAGAGAGAGGUGGGACAGAGUAGAGCUGUAGAGGGCGUGAGAGUUGCUUUAGGGAUUACGGGGUUGAGUGGGAGCGGAAGCAUAGAGAGGAAGAAGAGCGUUAAGCUUGUUGCUCCAGGUGAGGAGUAGGGUACAUAGGAGGUUUUCUGAGGCGUUGACGACGAUACCCGCGGUGGUGGUUAUCUCUUUUUAUGCGGCAUGGCGCGGCGUUGGGGCAUAUGUAACAUCAACGGCAAUAGUAAUGAGCACUCAAACAAACUCCUUCAUAUGUUCACGGGUAUAUAACUGUACAAUAUUUCCUCAAAAUUUCCGCUUCUUCUUCACGGGCGCCUUGGCUUUCUCCUCUAACUCCCGUUUCAGCUGUUCGCGCUUCCUAUCUGCCCUGUCUUCAGACGUCUCUCUGGGCGGUGGAGUCUCUUCCUUGGUAGGAGCUCGACCUCUAAUAUCCUCUUCAGGGUUUUGCGAAGAUGGUUCAGCCUUGACAGCUUUGUGUCCGAUUGCUCCGAGCUUUCUCUUUAUGCCAGCCUUUGGCGCUGGUGAUGUUGCGACGCUU